AUGUAUAUUGAAUUGGCUAAUGAGCAGGAAACAAUUGAUAUUCUUGAGGAUCCUGCAAUCCAGAAUGUGGUGAUCCUACAGACGGUGCUACAAGAAGUCAGGCAUCGAAGUGCUCCUGUAUACAAAAGAAUUAAGGACGUGAUUAACAAUCCUGAAAAACAUUUUUACACUUUCACAAAUGAACAUCACAAAGAUACGUAUAUAGAGCAAGAGCAAGGUGAAAGUGCAAAUGACAGGAACGACCGAGCAAUACGGAUAGCAGUGAAGUGGUAUAAUGAACAUCUAAAAAAAUCACAAAACAACACUCUGCAACUUCAGGUUAUCUUGAUAACAAAUGACAGAAAAAACAAAGAGCGUGCUGUGGAAGAUGGCCUGGUAGCAUUUACAUGUGAUGAAUAUGUCAAGAGUUUAGUUGGGAAUCCUGAACUAGUUGAUCGUCUGGCUUGUGUUUCAGGUGCAACUAAUGACAUUGACAGUGGUAAGCUGAUCUUCACAGAACAUCUGCCUUUAUCCAAAAUACAGCAAGGUUUAAAGUCUAAUCGCUACUUCCAGGGGACUUUCCGUGCGAACAGGGACAACUAUCUGGAAGCUACAGUCUGGAUCCAUGGAGAAGAAGGAGAAAACAAAGAUAUUCUUAUACAGGGGCUGAAGAAUCUCAAUCGAGCUAUACAUGAAGACGUGGUGGCAGUAGAACUGCUCCCCAAAGCGAUGUGGGUGGCACCAUCAGCUAUUGUGCUUCAAGAUGAAGGACAAGUUGAGGCUGAUGAGGAUGAAGGAGCAGGCCUUCUGAAGAACGUUACAGCUAAAACAUGUUCAAAGCCAACUGGUAAAGUAGUAGGGAUAAUUAAAAGGAACUGGCGGCCAUAUUGUGGCAUGAUUUCCAAGUCACAAAUUAAGGAGUCAACAAGACACUUGUUCACACCAGCAGACCGCAGGAUUCCUAGGAUUCGAAUAGAAACACGACAAUCCUCAGCCCUUGAGAACCAGAGAGUAAUUGUUGUAAUUGAUGGUUGGCCCAGAAAUUCUCGCUACCCCAAUGGCCACUUUGUGAGAAGUCUUGGAAAUGCUGGGGAUAAAGAAACAGAAACUGAAGUUCUUCUGCUGGAGCAUGAUGUUCCUCACCACCCUUUCUCACAGGCUGUUCUUAGUUUUUUACCCAAAAUGCCAUGGAUAAUCACAGAAGAGGAUUUAAAAAAGAGGAUGGACCUCCGACAUCUCUAUAUCUGCAGUGUGGAUCCUCCUGGAUGCACUGAUAUUGAUGAUGCUCUGCAUUGUCGAGAGUUAGAAAAUGGAAAUCUGGAGGUUGGAGUACAUAUAGCAGAUGUAAGCCAUUUUAUCCGUCCUGGUAACGCUCUGGAUCAGGAGUCAGCAAACCGAGGGACCACAGUAUAUCUUUGUGACAAGAGAAUUGAUAUGGUUCCUGAAUUACUGAGCUCAAAUCUUUGCUCCUUAAGAUCCAAUGUUGAGAGAUUUGCAUUUUCUUGUAUUUGGGAAAUGACACACAACGCUGAAAUUCUACAUACUAUGUAUACAAAAAGUGUUAUUAAUUCAAAGGCAUCACUCACGUAUGCUGAAGCACAAAUGAGAAUUGAUGAUGAAAGCAUGAAUGAUGAGGUUACGUUAGGACUUCGUCGUUUAAAUAAACUAGCAAAAAUUCUGAAAAAGAGAAGAAUUGACAAUGGUGCGCUCACACUGUCUUCUCCUGAAGUGCGAUUUCACAUAGACAGUGAAACCCAUGAUCCUAUCGACCUACAAACCAAAGAAUUAAAAGAAACUAAUUCAAUGGUAGAAGAAUUCAUGUUGCUGGCCAAUAUUUCCGUUGCAAAGAAAAUUUAUGAAGAGUUUUCAGAAUGUGCUUUACUCAGAAAACAUCCAGCUCCCCCACCGUCAAACUAUGACAUUCUUGUCAAAGCAGCAAAAUCCAAGAAUUUAGAUGUCAAGACUGAUUCAGCCAAAGCCUUAGCAGAUUCUCUGGAUAAAGCUGAAGUUCCUGGUUCCCCAUAUUUGAAUACACUCCUGCGAAUCCUGACAACACGUUGUAUGAUGCAGGCAGUUUAUUUUUGCUCUGGAAUGGAUACCGACUUUCAUCACUUUGGUCUGGCUUCACCUAUCUAUACUCACUUCACGUCACCAAUCAGAAGGUAUUCUGAUGUAAUAGUACAUCGUCUUUUGGCUGUGGCAAUUAAUGCAGAUUCUACCUACCCAGAUCUCAUGGACAAGCAUAAACAACAAGCUUUGUGUAAUAACCUUAACUAUCGUCACAAAAUGGCACAGUAUUCUCAGCGGGCUUCUGUGGCAUUCCAUACUCAGUUAUUCUUUAAAAGCAAAGGAAUUGUUGAUGAAGUUGGCUAUGUCCUGUUUGUAAAAAAGAAUGCCAUUGUGGUCCUCAUUCCAAAGUUUGGUUUGGAGGGUACUGUCUUAUUUGAAGAGAAAGGCAAACAAUCCCCAAAGUUGCAGUACAACCAAGAGGUCCCAUCUUUAACAGUAGAAGGCAUAAUAUUCAAUAUGUUUGAUAAGGUAACCGUGACAAUCACAUUGGACGCAUCAAAUGUCCAACACCAGAAGAUUCGAAUGGCACUGGUCGAGCCAGUGAUUCCCGGAGUGAGUGUUCCAAGAAAUACAGCACAGGAGAAUACCAGUAUUGAAGAACCCGAGAUGAAGAAAGCUAAGCUAAACUAACAAAGUUCCACUCUUUUUGGCUAUCACUCUGGCUAAAUGUGUUCCAGUUCGUUUAACAUAAAAUGUCUGUUUUAAGUAAAGAUAAUUAUACAUGUAUAAUACAUAAAAUCAUUUGUAUGAUUUACAUGUUUUUUAUAUUACAAGAAGUUAUUGUUUUGAAUAAAAUGUUGAAUUUUUAUA